GGUCUUCUGGCAAGUCCUAAAUAGGUGCUGAAUUUCGAAGUUGACACAUUACAGGAAUGAAGAAGAAAAUAAUAUUAAACUACAACCAGAAUUUUAUUUAUUUAUUUAUUUUACUUAUCCGGAAAUAUUUUCUGGGAAAAAAAUAUGACCAUAAAAGCGGUUUCAGGCUAGCGACGACUAACGCUUAAAUCAAAAUGAAGAAGAUUCGGGCGGCAACAGGAUACAAACAUGCAGCAGAAUUUCCAGCAAGUGAGAUCUUAGAGUCUGUUGAUAGAAAGAGAUAUUCCAUUAUAAAAAAGAUUGGUCUCGGCGGUUUUGGUUUAAUUUACACUGCCAGACAAGUUGGUUCUUCACCGGCCAAAGAAGAUGUUGCUAAAGUCGAACCCAUUGGUAACGGCCCACUCUUUAAUGAAUUACAUGCUUUACAGGCAAUUGCCAGACCAAAUAUUAUACAAAAUUAUUUAAAAGGUAAACGUUUGGCUCAUCUUGCCAUACCGGAAUUCAUAGCAAACGGCAUACAUGAAUAUAAAAGCAAGCAGUAUCGAUUCAUAAUUAUACCUAAAUACGGUAAAAAUCUCCGUACAUUUUUGGAAGAAAAUGGAUCUCAUCUCAAUGAAUCUACAGUUUAUUGUGUUGCCAAACAAAUGAUAGAUGCUUUAGAGUGUAUCCACCACCAUGGCUACGUCCAUGCCGACCUGAAAGCCGGUAAUAUUUUAUUUGCUGCAGACAGUAAUAAAAUAGAUAAGGUGUAUCUGAUAGAUUAUGGUCUGGCUUCGAAGAUAUUUAUAGAUAAGAAACACAAGGUGUAUGAACCAGAGAAGAAGAAUGCUCACAAUGGAACGUUGUUGUAUACCAGUCUAGAUGCGCAUGAAGGUGCUAGUCCAUCCCGAAGAGGAGAUUUACAAAUUCUGGGAUUCUGUAUGUAUGAAUGGCUUACAGGGAGUUUACCUUGGAAGAAAUACUCGGAAAAUAAAGAACAAGUGAAACAUGAGAAGGAAGUGCUUUUACAGAAUCUUUCGAAAAUUCCAUUUGAAACUUUAAGAACUUACUUCAAAACUAUUGAAAAACUAAAAUACGAUGAACAACCAAACUAUGAAAAAUUACGACGAAUAUUCCAGGACGCAAAAUAUGACAAAAUGCCCAAACCCAUCGUUAAAGAAAAAACGUAUUUGUAAGGUUCCGUAUUAAAAUAGGCGGAAGCAAUGAAACAGAAAGAAAAACUUGGCUUUUUCACGUAUAUCUAGUGCGCUGAGAGCUGUAAUCUCUUCGGUUCCGUUUGAUUUUAGUGUUGUAGAUUACGAUUCUUAAAAGAGUAUAGGGGUGAACUUUUGCCCCAAACUUAUGUAAUAUUUCAGUUUUGAUUUUCUUUUGAAAAUAUUUUAUAUUUACGUUUUAAACACUUCAGAUUUUGAUUCUUGGAAAAAAAGGUGUAAUUCUUAAACAAAAAUAUAAAAAAAAGACAAAAAUUGAAAAGGUCGAAAUUGGAAACUGAAGAAUUACGACAAACGGGGACGGAAUUUCCUCUUUGUUUAUUUUUUGCAGAAACGUAGUUUUCGAUGCUAUUUACACAUAUUCAAGGAAAAUACAGUUCUUGGUGUUCUAGAUAAUUUUUGACUCUAUUCUAUAGGAAUGUCUUGCGUGCAUACACGCACACAUCUCUAUUCGGUGUAAAUAAGCGAUACAGUUGAAUCCGAUGAAGUCUGUGAUAGUUCGAUCAGUAAAUAACAAAAAAA